AUUUUUCUUUUACUAGCUUUAGUUCCAGAUAGAGAUGUGAGAGUCAGUGUAAAAGCCUUGGCAGUAAGUUGUGUUGGAGCAGCUGUUGCCCUUCAUCCUGAGUCUUUCUUCAGCAAACUGUAUAAAAUACCCCUGGAAGCAAUGGGAGAAGAUUAUGAGGAGCAGUAUGUAUCAGAUAUUCUGAACUACAUUGACCAUGGAGAUCCCCAGAUUAGAGGAGCUACUGCUAUUCUCUGUGGAACAAUUAUCAAUUCUAUUCUACUUAAAUCACGCUUUGAUGUGGAAAAAUGGCUAGUAAAUGUCAGAAGCUCAACAGGAAAUCUCUUUUCCUUGGUAGACUGCAUACCUCUGUUACAGAAAACACUGAAAGAUGAGUCCUCUGUUACAUGCAAGCUGGCUUGUACAGCUGUGAGGCAUUGCAUCAUGAGCUUGUGUAGUAGCAGUUAUAGUGAACUAGGCUUACAAUUAAUUGUUGACCUCCUUACGCUGAAGAAUAGCUCAUACUGGCUAGUGAGGACAGAACUUCUGGAAACACUUGCAGAGGUGGAUUUUCGGCUAGUCAGCUUUUUGGAAGGAAAAACUGACAGCUUGCACAAAGGUGUUCAUCAUUAUACUGGUCUACUAAAACUUCAGGAGAGAGUGCUCAAUGAUGUUGUAAUCUGUUUGCUUGGAGAUGAAGAUCCAAGAGUACGACAUGUUGCUGCAGCUUCAUUAAUGAGGCUUGUUCCAAAGCUGUUUUAUAACUGUGAUCAAGGACAAGCUGAUCCAGUUGUGGCAGUAGCAAGGGACCAAAGCAACGUCUAUCUGAAACUACUAAUGCAUGAAACACAGCCUCCAUCUCACUUUGCAGUGAGCACUAUCACUAGAACAUACAGAGGUUACAAUAUGCUGCAAAGUCCAACAGAUGUCACUAUGGAAAACAAUCUUUCAAGGGUUGUUGCUGCAAUUUCCCAUGCAUUGACAAUAUCCACUACAAGAUCACUUACAUUUGGCUGCUGUGAAGCUUUGUGUCUUCUCUCCACAACCUUUCCAGUCUGCACCUGGACUGUGGGAUGGCACUGUGGUGUUUCCCAACCAAGUUCUUCAGAUGACACUCAGAAGGGCUGCACUGUUGGAAUGGCCGGCAUGGUCCUCUCUCUUCUUUCAUCAACAUGGUUUCCUUUGGACCUUUCUGCUCAUCAGGAUGCUUUGAUUUUGACUGGAAACUUGCUUGCAGCAAGUGCUCCGAAGUGUUUAAAGAACCCUUGGAGCGCUGAAGAAGAUUCAAACCAAGGAGCUGCAAAGCAGGAGGAACCAUGGCCAGCUCUGGCAGAUCGAACUCUCGUCACUUUGGUAGAACAGCUCUUUUCUCAUCUGCUGAAGGUCAUUAAUAUUUGUGCACAUGUAAUGGAUGAUGUUCCUCCUGGCCCAGCAGUAAAAACAGCGUUGCCUUCUCUCACAAACCCACCUUCUCUUAGUCCAAUUCGGAGGAAGGGGAAAGAGAAGGAGCCUGUAGAGCAGGUUUCUGUGCCAAUGAGCCCUAAAAAAGGUGGUGAAACUAGUCCAGCUACUAGGCAAACUGAUGCUAGUGCUCCUGCUACAACAAGUAAAUCAUCUUCAGUGGGAAGCUUUUAUCAUCUUCCAUCAUAUCUGAAGUUAUACGAUGUCUUGAAAGCAACCCAUGCUAACUAUAAGGUUACUUUAGAUCUUCAGAACAGUAAUGAAAAGUUUGGAUGCUUCUUACGGUCUGCCUUAGAUGUUCUGUCCCAAAUCUUAGAACUUGCAACUCUUCAGGACAUUGGAAAGUGUGUGGAAGAAAUCCUGGGAUAUCUAAAAUCAUGUUUCAACAGAGAACCAACAAUGGCAACAGUUUGUGUACAGCAGUUACUGAAAACAUUAUUUGGGACAAAUCUGGCUUCUCAGUAUGAUGGCUUGUCUUCAAACACCAGCAAAGCUCAAGGCAAAGCUCAACGCUUAGGUUCUUCCAAUUUGAGACCUGGUCUCUAUCAUUACUGCUUCAUGGCACCAUAUACACAUUUUACACAGGCACUUGCUGAUGCAAGUCUAAGGAAUAUGGUUCAGGCUGAGCAAGAACACGAUGCUUCAGGGUGGUUUGAUGUGCUGCAGAAAGUUUCUACACAGCUGAAAACUAAUAUUACCAGUGCAGCAAAGCACCGUGCUGAUAAGAAUGCUAUUCACAAUCACAUUCGUUUAUUUGAACCCCUUGUCAUAAAAGCAUUGAAACAAUACACUACAACAACAUCAGUACAGCUGCAGAGACAAGUUUUAGACUUGCUUGCUCAACUGGUUCAGCUACGAGUUAACUACUGUCUUCUGGAUUCGGAUCAGGUGUUCAUUGGAUUUGUGCUAAAGCAGUUUGAAUACAUUGAAGUAGGACAAUUCAGAGAAUCAGAAGCAGUUAUUCCAAAUAUCUUCUUUUUUCUGGUGUUGCUGUCUUACGAGCGGUAUCAUUCCAAACAGAUAAUUGGAAUUCCAAAGAUCAUUCAGCUGUGUGAUGGCAUCAUGGCCAGUGGGAGGAAAGCUGUUACGCAUGCAAUACCAGCUCUGCAGCCCAUCGUUCAUGAUCUGUUUGUGUUAAGAGGAACAAAUAAAGCUGAUGCUGGAAAAGAGUUGGAAACCCAGAAGGAGGUAGUGGUGUCAAUGCUGCUGAGACUUAUUCAGUACCAUCAGGUGCUGGAAAUGUUCAUCUUAGUAUUGCAACAGUGUCAUAAAGAAAAUGAAGACAAAUGGAAGAGAUUAUCUCGGCAAAUAGCUGACAUUAUUCUCCCAAUGCUUGCAAAACAACAGGUUAUUUGUGUAAUUUUUUAAAACUAUUAACAUCCC